AUGGCGAAAAGUUUUCUUUUGAGUCUUCUUCUUUUGUGCCUGUGCUUCUGUGUGGCAACGGGUAGAGCCCAAUCAAGUAGUGUUAAUGUGGGGGUGGUUUUGGCCAUGGAUACAUGGAUUGGGAGAGUGGGUAAUAUGUGCAUAAGCAUGGCCCUUCAAGAUUUCUAUAAAGAGCACCCCAACUACACCACAACACUACUUCUCUCUACGAGAGAUUCAGGUGGAAACGUUGUCCAAGCAGCAUCAGCAGUUGUGGACCUGAUGAAGAAUUUAGGCGUGCAAGCCAUAAUCGGUCCACAAUCAUCUGCAGAGGCCAAAUUUACGGUUGAUCUUGCAAAUAUAUCCCAUGUCCCCCUUCUCUCUUUCUCUGCAACUUCUCCUUCUCUCUCCUCCGUGGAUACUCGUUACUUUGUGAGGGCAGCUCUCAAUGAUUCGGCGCAAGCCAAACCAAUUGCUGCCCUCUUCAAAGCCUACGGAUGGAGGCAAGCGGUAGCCAUAUAUGAAGACACAGAAUACGGAGCCGGAUUCAUUCCGUACUUAAACGAUGCCCUCUUAGAAGUUGGCUCUCACCUUCAACAUAGAACUGUUCUUCCUGCCUCGGCCUCGAAUGAGCUAAUCAAUGGAGAGCUCUACAAGCUAAUGACUAUGCAAACACGGAUUUUCAUAGUCCAUACGACUUCCCCUUUGGCCUCUCGCUUAUUUUUACAGGUUCAACAACUCGGCAUGAUGAGCAAAGAGUAUGCUUGGAUUAUAACUGAUGGGCUCUCUGCUUUCUUGGAUUCCACUGACCCUUCUGUCAUAGCCUCAAUGCAAGGGGUUUUGGGGGUGAAAGUAUACAUAGAAAAGACCAAACGUUUGGCCGAUUUCACAACUAGGUGGAAGCUAUUUUAUAGAGGAGAGUACCCAAAUGAAAUUGAAAUCCCCGAUUUAAAUGUUUUUGGUUUAAGAGCCUAUGAUGCCACUUGGGCCCUUGCUCUUGCAGUUGAGAAAUCCGGCACAAGAGCGGUCAGGUUCCCUCAUCCUAUUGUCGGAAAAGUGAACUCAACCGAUCUCUCAACUCUAGGAAUUUCUCCUGUAGGCUCAAGACUCUUAAAUGCCGUCUUAGACACCGACUUCACGGGCUUAACUGGCAAUAUUCGCUUCGUUAAUGGCGAGCUCCAGGUCUCCACUUUUCAGAUAAUCAAUAUCAUUGGACAAGGAAUUAGAGAAAUUGGGUUUUGGUCACCAAUAUACGGCCUCUCAUCGAAUCUAAAUCAAGAAAUUCUAAAUAAGAAGAACGGUUACUCAGCCGAUGUGGCUGAUCUCAAACCAGUGAUCUGGCCAGGAGAAUCAACAGUUGUACCUAAAGGUUGGGUUAUCCCCACUAGUGGAGUUAAGUUAAAAAUUGGUGUUCCUGUAAGAUAUGGUUUUAAGGAGUUUGUUAAUGUGGAGAGGGACCCUGGUGACAAUAGACUGAGGGUGACAGGUUUUUCUAUUGAUGUUUUCAAUGCAGUAUUGGAGGUUUUACCCUAUGCACUCCCUUAUGAGUUUGUACCUUUUGAAAAUAGUGAAGGAAUAAUGGCAGGAACCUAUAAUGAUUUAGUCAACCAGGUUUUUCUUGGGAAAUAUGAUGCAGUGGUUGGUGAUGUGACCAUCCUUGCGAAUCGAUCAAACCAUGUCGACUUCACACUCCCUUACACCGAGUCAGGGGUGACUAUGAUAGUGCCCACGGAGAAGGUUCGGAAAAGUAGUGCGCUGGUGUUCUUGAAACCUUUAACUUUGGAGCUAUGGGUAACAACUGCAUGCUUCUUCUUCUUCAUGGCAUUUGUAAUUUGGUUUUUGGAGCAUAGAAUAAAUGAGGACUUUCGAGGGCCACCGAUCGAACAAGUGGGCAGGGCUCUCUAUUUCUCCUUUUCGAUGCUCGUCUUUGCUCAUCGUGAUCAGAUAAAAAACAAUUUGUCACGGUUCGUAAUCAUCCUCUGGUUAUUCGUCUUGCUCAUACUUAGCAACAAUUACACAGCCAACUUGGCAUCGAUUCUUACAGUUGAGAGGUCAGAGCCCACCAUUACAGACGUGCAAAAAUUGAUUAAUAAUGGUGAUUAUGUGGGCUACCAACGUAAUUCAUAUGUUAAGGAUCUCUUGUUAAAGUUGGGAUUCUCGGAAUCGAAACUAAAGGCAUGUGGCACCAUUGAUGAAUAUGCAAAUGCCUUGUUGAUGGGAAGUUCUGGCGGCGGGGUUGCUGCGAUCUUCGAUGAGAUUCCAAAAAUCAAACUGUUUCUCGCUUACUACCAUCACAGAUUCACCAUGGCUGGGCCAACUUUUAGAACUGCCGGCUAUGGCUUUGUCCUCCCCAAAAACUCCUUACUACUUUCCGAUUUCUCCGCCGCAGUCCUCAACGUAACGGAAGGAGACAAGAUGGAGGCCAUCGAAAGGGCUUGGUUUGGCAAAAAUAUAAUACAACCAGUUUCUUCACCUGCAACUACUUCAACUGGUCUUACCCUUGAUUGCUUUUGGGUCCUCUUCCUCAUUGUAGGGAUUGCAUCCAUUGGAGCCCUAAUUUGGUUCUCUAUUUGCUUGUGGAUUAAGAAUCACAAUCGCUUUGGAGUGGAUGAACAGGGUCUAUGGCAACAGAUGAAUGGCAUGGGUAGAGUCUUUAAUGAGAGGGAUCAUCCUUCUCAAACUUUUAGCCAAAGAAAGAGAGUAAAAGAAGUGGAGCUCAAUAGAGAUGUUGCCGUAGCAAAUAUGGAGAGCCCCUUGAGCAUUACUGAAGCAACCACACCAACUCGUAGCUCCUCAGCAUCUGAGGAAGAUGCCUCUGCCAUUGUGCCACUCACACCCUUAGAUCAUGAUGAUCAUAGUGCACCCACCCCAGGAAGAGAUACCCCAUAA